AUGGUGAUGCCAGCCGAGGUGAUUCCCAGAAAUGUGGAUGGCAAACCCAAUCCGCAGCUGUCGACACAUAAGGUGUUUUUCGCUCGACGCUUAGACCGUCGAGUCAAGCAGGUCGAUAUACGUCAGCCUUCCACUGGCAUGCCUGCAGAUCAGGAUGACCAGCACGGUCACGAGUCAGAGUCUGCUUUGGCCCAUGCCAAGAAGCUGAUUCUAGAGGGCGCGGCGUUGGUUCGACAGGCUGUUGCUGCUCAGCAGCGAACCCUGGUUCACUGCGAGUGGGGCCAGAAUCGAUCCGGUUCUAUUUGCUGCGCUUUUGCUGUCCUGUAUUUGGGGUGGUCUGCGGAAGAUGCCGUCCGAUAUUUUCGCGACCAGAACCUCGUGGAACGUCACUAUCAGGGACAACAUCCCAUGAGCAACUCUGGUUUCAACAACUUGUUGAAGGAAAUAGAGGCCCAGAGAUCCCAGCUGCUGGGCCACGUAGCCCCAUUGGCGCCUCCGCCGAAGAUCAUUGUUUCUGGCGGCCCCAGAAUGGGCGGAGGAAUCGAGCGCUUCACAAAUGCUUCGGAAAUGCGUCCGCACCAAUUCCAGCUCAGUCCGGGCCCGCGGGUGUCCGUCCCUGCACCGCCUUGGCAGGGCAUCCGCCAAAGUUGA